AUGAGGCUCGUCAUACUGCCGGCCCUUCAGGUAAUGUGCUGCAUUUUACUACAUACUUCAUGUGUUCUCGCCGUCACGAAAAUAAAAACACCAACAAAUCAUAAUAAUGAAAAAUACGCGAAUGAAGAAAUACCGAAAAAUCAUAGAAAGCAACUUAAAGAUGAAAUUGAUUUAGACAAUGUCUUUGAUGCUGUACCAAUAAAAGAUGAACAGAUUCCGAUUCUACCACCAAUCAUCUUAUUAGAUUUUGUGAACGGUACUGAUGACAUAUCUAACGAUACUUUAGCAGAUGAAAAAGCUAAAAGAACUAUUGACGAUAGUUUAGGUUACGGCUUCAACCGCAACAAUCUUUUCUCGGGAAAACAUAAUUUUUAUUUUCCAAGAGGUAAAGAGGCUACGAGUGUAAGUAUCGAAGAAUCUAUUAGUCCUUUUGAACCUAAAACAGUGGCCGAGAUCGAAAAGCCAAUUACAGAAAAUUCCGAUGCAGACGUUGCUCAAGAAAUACAAAAAUCACAUAAACCACUAUAUGAAUUUAUACCAGAACCACUUCCACUAAUGAACAACCGGGAUCCUUUGCCACUAUAUCCACCUUUUCCAAUGUUUGGACAACGAACUAAGCUUCAUAAAACAUCAUCUUCUGAAUUCAAUCAACAAUUUCAACGUCCGCAACUGAAAUUCGCAAGUUCUUUUAGUGCUACUCCUGGUUCUGAUAUUUAUAACAGAUUACUUACAACUUAUACAUCGAUAAAACCAACAGACCAACAAGCUACUCCUACAAUUUUUUCAAAUCCAACAAAUAUUCAAAACUAUGUCAGACCAAUGCCAUCGUCUUAUGUAACAAAUUAUAUGUCAGAUAUUCAAGGUAAUGGUAAUAGUCUAAAAUCAUCUUACAAUUUUCUACCGAGUCCUUUGAGUUCUGAAACUCCAGUAAGUCCUCAAGACUUGGCAAGUUAUCCUAAAUAUACUAUUGAAAAUGGUAUAAAAUACGAGCAUAAAAUAGUUUGGAAGUACCCAGAUGGUAAAGUAGCAGAAAUUCCACCUACGUCCUAUAUAAAUAUGUAUUCCGAAUAUAUUAGCAAUUUAGCAAAAGCAGGCAGUUUUCGUCCAUCACAAUCUUAUCAACCACUUCCAACGAAAUAUCAACAAUCUAUUAUUCCUGGAGCUACUUCAUACAACACAUACACACCUACUGCAGAUAAUAACAUAUACUCACAAAAACCGGUGCAGUUUCCUAAUGAUCAAGAUCAGUCUAGUAAGAGUGUUACAUCUGGAUUUAUUUCAUCUCCAACAAUGAAUACACCUAUACGGCAAAAUGCGGCUGUUAAUUCUUAUAAUUUGCAAAAUUAUCAAGGUCAGUUUGGUUUGAAACAACAUCCUAAAGUUAGUAAUUAUAGAACAGCUUCAAAUCAGUAUGAUAAAUAUAGUGCUUAUUCAAAUAACUAUCGACCAGCUUUAACUAACAAUAUCAACAGUCCCACCACAGAAUACUCUUAUCCAGCAGGAAGUCAAUCAAGUGAAAAUCUAUUUAUGACUGAUGGUCAACUCAAUAAACAAGUAUUAUCCAAAUAUACACCACAGGCCCAAGAAUAUUUGACUAAAGUUUUUUCCAGUGGUAGAACAACAAACAAAAAUGAGUAUCAGAAUGAUGAAUUUAAAAACUAUGCAAACACAGAUUAUUCCAGUUUAUUGAAUUACAAUCCAUCUAUUUUACAAUAUAUAAAAAAUCCUGCAUCAAUAUUAAAAGCUCAGCCGACUUUCGUUCAAGCUGGUAAUUCAUUGAUUCCGGUCAUUAUUCUUCGAGUUGAUGGAGCACCGCCUAUUCAAUCACAAUCUACUUCUAAUAUAAACUUAAAGUCGUUACUUCGCCAAUAUUUGACGCAGUAUGUCAACAGUGUUUCCAAGAUUCCACUAAAUGCAAAUUAUAAUUCAGGAAGUAAUUUUGGUAGUAGUUCAGUAUCUGCUCCUCAAUCAAAUCCAGUUCAAGAUAUCAAAGAGCUCACUGAAACUUUGGCUUCAUUACGUCAACGUGGUUAUCAAAAUCCAUAUUUUGCUAAUAACUUGACAUCUGAGUACAUUCCGCCACCACAACAAACACAUCAGCAAAAUAGUGAGGCAAAACAAGAAUUUACUGGACUUCAUUAUGGCAGUUAUUAUCAACCAUCUUAUUCUGAGCAACAAGAUAAGAUAUCAAAGAAAGUUAUAAACGUCCAAAUUGUUGAAGAUCCUAGAUACACGUCAUAUAAAGUUGAUAAUUAA